AUGGCCACUGCACAACUGCAAGGAACACCCAUGAGUGAAUUGGUAUUUCCCAGCAAGAUUCCGACUGAGCAGCAGUCCUUGAUGCUGGUGAAGAGGCUCCUAGCGGUUUCUGUGUCCUGCAUCACGUAUUUGAGAGGAAUAUUUCCAGAAUGUGCUUAUGGAUCAAGAUAUCUAGAUGAUCUUUGUGUCAAAAUUCUGAGAGACGAUAAAACUUGUCCAGGAGCUACACAGUUAGUGAAGUGGAUGCGAGGAUGCUAUGAUGCUUUACAGAAAAAAUAUCUAAGGAUUGUUGUUCUAGCUGUAUACACCAACCCAGAAGACCCUCAGACAAUUUCAGAAUGUUACCAAUUUAAAUUCAAGUACAGUGGGAAUGGACCAGUCAUGGACUUCAUAAGUCAAAGCACUGAAUCUAGUAUGUCAUAUGCUGACACCAAGAAAGCAAGUAUUCUCCUCAUUCGCAAGAUGUAUGUUCUAAUGCAAAAUCUGGAACCUUUACCUAAUGAUGUUUGCUUGACCAUGAAACUUUUUUACUAUGAUGAAGUUACACCCCCAGAUUACCAGCCUCCUGGUUUUAAGGAUGGUGAUUGUGAAGGAGUGAUAUUUGAAGGGGAGCCUAUGUACUUAAAUGUGGGAGAAGUCCCAACACCCUUUCACACCUUCAAAGUAAAGGUGACUACCGAGAAAGAACGAAUGGAAAAUAUUGAUUCAACUGUAUUAUUUCCAAACCAGUUAAAAACGCCAUUUCAAAAAAUUCUCAUGGACGAAGAUGGUCCAGAAGAUGAACAGGAGCAAUAUACAUCUGAUGAUUUUGACAUUGAAACAAAAAUAGAAGAGCAGAAAAAAAAUCCUAGAUCUUCUGAACUUGGAGAACCAAGUUUAGUUUGUGAAGAAGAUGAAUUUAUGAGAUCUAAAGAAGGUCCAGAGUUUUCAGUUUCUCAUUCUCAGGUUGAGCAGUUAGUCAGUAAAACAUCUGAACUUGUUAUGUCUGAAAGCAAAACAAGAAGUGGAAAAAUUUUUCAGAAUAAAAUAGCUAAUGGAAAUAAACCAGUAAAAUCUUCUAAAGCAAAUCGGAAGAGAUUUCAACUAGAAUCUGAAAAAACAGUUCUUCAUCACAUUGACUCUGCUAGUCAAGAGUCAGUGCCAAAAAAAAGAAAGUUUAGUGAACCAAAGGAAGAUAUAUAA